CUGUAGCUUGUUGUUUUUCGCUUGCCAAAAUUCUUUGUUGUUAUUACACAACUUUUCUCUUUUCAUUUUGCGCUCUCUUUGCCACUCUCAUUGGCGACCAAACAGCUGUUUUUGCAUUUCAAUACCGAAUAUGUAACAGAGCCUGCAUUUUAUAAAUAUUGUAUUAUAACUUAUUGUCUAAAGCAAUCAUGUUGCAAUUUAGUCGUAAUACAGCCACUGUGCUGCUACAGCGCUGGCAACAAAAGAAAUUGUCUUCCAGUUGGUCGCCACUGGCCAGUGCCUUCAAUGCGCCACCGGCGAAACGAAUGAAUUUCACCCGCGACGAUGUGGGUCUGUUUCGCAUGCAAGAGCUACGUUCCCACGAUGGCUUCUACCUGCUACGUGAGAAUGUGGAGCGUACAACACAAGAGCUAAUUGCAGAGGCUACUUCCAGUCAGCGCUCACGCAAAAUGGUAGAUAUUUUUGACGAACUCUCCGACUCGCUGUGUAAAGUUGCUGAUCUGGCAGAGUUUGUGCGUAUUGCGCAUCCUAAAAACAAAUACAUGGAGUCAGCGGAACAGGCUUGCAUUAGCAUCUGCGGCAUAGUGGAGAGUCUAAACACUCACAAGCCGCUGUAUAAGGCGCUUAGCCAUGUGGUCAAAAAUGGCGAUCAUAUGCCCACAACGGAGAUAGAUGAACAUGUUGCCAAACUGUUUCUAUUUGACUUUGAGCAAUGCGGCAUACAUUUGCCGGAGGAGGAACGACUACGCGUGGUGCGUCUCAACGAUUAUAUACUACAACUAGGACAACGGUUUAUGAAUGGCUCUGUUCAGCCCACAGAGCUGCCACGCAGCUUUGUGCCCGAGCACAUACGACAAUACUUUCCCUGCUCUGGUGAAAACAUAAUUAUCUCAGGUCUCUGCACCAAUGCGGAAAAUGUGCAAAUGCGCGAGGCUGCCUAUCGCUUAUACCUAAAACCCAGCGAUAGCCAGGAGGAGCUGCUUCAAGACUUGCUCAACUGCAGGCAUGAGCUGGCGCGCAGCUGUGGCUUUGAUACAUAUGCGCAUCGUGCGCUUAAUGGCAGCACCAUGGAGCGUCCAGAGCUAGUGCGUGAGUUCAUUGAUGAGCUGUCGGAGCAAUUGCGUCCACGCGCCAAUGCGGACUUCUCCUUAAUGACGCAAAUGAAGCGCAAGGAAAGUGGACAGCCGAAAGCUUUGGUGGAGAGUUGGGAUACGCCUUACUUCACAGCGCAGCUAAAACGCCAAGCGUUGGAGGAGCAGGCGAAUGAAUUUUUGCCUUAUUUCUCGCUGGGCGGCUGCAUGGAGGGCUUGGAUAACUUGCUACACUCGCUGUAUGGCGUGCGGCUGCAGUGCAGCGAAAUGGAGCCGGGUGAAAGCUGGCAUAGUGAUAUCUAUAAGCUGGCGGUGAUGCAUGACGAGGAAGGUCUGCUUGGCUACAUUUACUGUGAUUUCUUUGAGCGCAGCGGCAAGCCCAAUCAGGAUUGCCACUUCACCAUACAAGGCGGAAAGCGUUUGCCCGAUGGCAGCUAUCAGCUGCCCAUAGUGGUGGUUAUGCUGGGAUUGGCGCAACCACGCUGGACAGGACCUACACUGCUGUCACCCGGACGUCUGGAUAAUCUGUUCCAUGAGAUGGGCCAUGCAAUGCACUCUAUGUUGGCGCGCACCGAGCAUCAGCAUGUGACAGGCACACGUUGUGCGACAGACUUUGCCGAAGUGCCGAGCGUGCUCAUGGAAUACUUUGCCAGCGAUCCACGUGUGUUGCGCACAUUUGCGCGUCACUUCCAAACGCACAAUCCCAUGCCGGAAAAUAUGUUAAAACGUCUGUGCGCAUCCAAGCAUUUGUUUGCUGCUAGUGAAACCCAACUGCAGGUGUUCUACUCCGCGCUGGAUCAGGUCUAUCAUGGUGAGAGAUCAGCUCAGGGCGCCAACACUACAGAAACGCUGCGGAGCGUGCAAAGUAAAUAUUAUGGUCUGCCUUAUGUGGAGAAUACAGCCUGGCAACUGCGCUUCUCCCACCUGGUAGGCUACGGCGCCAAGUACUAUGCGUACUUAAUAUCCAAGACCAUUGCCAGCUGGAUUUGGCAAACAUACUUUGAGGAUAAUCCUUUCAAUCGUGAAGCUGGCGAAAAGUAUCGCACGGAGAUUCUUGCACAUGGCGGCGCUGUGCCCAGUCGAAAGCUGGUGGCCAACUUUUUGCAACGCGAAUUGACGCCCAGCAUACUUGCCGAUAGUCUUAUACAUGAGAUUGAUCUGGAUGAGUCUAAAAUUAAGCAAUUGAUUGUUAGCAGCAAUUAGGUUUAUACAUUUUGUAAAUAUGUUUGGUUUUUAAUUAUAAUUAGUUAACUGCACUAUUUUUUGUACAUGGCGAAUUUUGUUUCACUUUCACUAU